AUACACAAUAACGGAAAUUCGACGAUUUGCAUUCUGGGUAAGGCCUCUUUCUCACAUGUGCUCUCAGCAAAAUGGGAGCCAAAAAGCCAGACCCUAAAGGAGGUUCCAAGGGUAAAGCCCCAGCCAAGAAGAAGGAAGGGGGCGGUGGUGGCAAGGCCAAGAAGAAGAAGUGGUCUAAGGGAAAAGUCAGGGACAAGUUGAACAAUCUGAUCCUCUUCGACAAGGCAACAUAUGACAAGUUCAAGUCCGAAGUACCCAACUACAAGCUUAUCACUCCCUCAGUUGUAUCUGAGAGGAUGAAGAUUCGUGGCUCACUGGCUAAAGCUGCUCUUCGUGAGCUUCACAAAGAUGGAAUGAUCCGCCUGAUUUCCAAGCAUCAUUCACAGCUCAUCUACACGAGGAACACGACGGACGAGUGAAGCGGGACCUGUACAAAAUAAUAAAUAAACGAUGGUAACAUCUA